AUGGAGUUAGAAUGUCAUGAGUCCAUGUUGGGAGAGAGCUCUUAUCAAGGGGAUCUACAGAAGUCAUGGAAUCUGAUAUGGGGGCUGAAUGUACCUUAUCCGGUUAAGAUGUUCACUUGGAGAGCUUGUCACAACAUUCUUCCCACACGGUCGAAUCAGAAGAAAGGUAUUGCUCUUGAUCCUUUAUGUUUAUUCUGUCAAACUGAGUUGGAAACGGUUCGCCAUGUCCUGUGGGAUUGCCCCUCGACUUCUGAUGUUUGGGGGGCUUGUGAUCGUAAAAUUCAAAAAAGCAAUGUGGGAGGUGAUAAUUUUUCAGAUGUGGUCCAAUAUAUGUUUGAUCGAUGUUCGCAUGAAGAAGUGGAAUUGCAUGUUGAGGUUGCUCCUAUUAUGAAAUAUGAGGCUUUGGGGAAUACAAGGAGUGGGCAGGAUAUGAGAGUAGCAGGCCAGUGGCAACCUCCACCCCCAGGGGUUCUUAAAUUAAACUGGGAUGCAGCAUUAGACUCGAAGAAGCGAAAAAUGGGUUUUGGGUUUCUUGUCAGGGAUUCAAACGGGAAGGUGUUUGAUGCUGUUAACUGUUCAAUGGAUUCUUUUGGAGGGCCAGUUGUUGCUGAAUCUAUGGCUGCUCUACGAGCAGCAGAAUUUUGUAGGGACCGAGGUUUGGAUAAUAUCAUUUUGGAAGGAGAUUCUCUACAGUGA